CAACCAAACCGCUUCAACCUUACUCCGGCACUUUUUCUCUUUUUCUCCCUGUGUCUGACGCCAAUCGUUCAACUUAAACCGACUCGCACCACCGUUAUAUGGAAAAUACGGGUCUGUUAGGCGCAUUUAUUCUCUCCUACCCGAGAGGAAGCGCACGGUGGAAAACGUUUUUUGGACGGAAGCAAAGCAGCCGUGAUUCAUGGACGUACAGCGCAUCAUGAGAAUACUACAACUACAAACAAGAUGUUAUUUUUAAAGUAGCCUUCAUCCACACUCUGCUUUGGAGUCAAGAGACACCCUGGUGCAUCCUUUCUUAUGGACCUUCUAGUCUCAUGCAAGGCUUCUGAAGUGACAAUGGGAGGACCUGGCAUGGACCGCUGUGUCUAAAUGAAGUGGUUCAGCCAUGCAAUGUUCCUGGAAGGCAGUGAUUCUGCUGGCCUUGGCCUCCAUUGCCAUCCAGUACACGGCCAUCCGGACACUCACCUCCAAGCCUUUCCAGCUGUGCCCGUUGCCCAGCCCCCAGAACUGUGGUCUAGGGAGCCAGGAGACAGAACCUCCCUUUGAGAGGGGAACAGGAGGUGGUGGAGGCUGUGAGGACUACCCUUACUUUUCCAUCAAUGCCACACGUAAAACACACAUCCUGGUGCUGGCCACCACCCGUAGCGGCUCUUCCUUUGUUGGCCAGCUGCUCAACCAGCACCAGGAGGUAUUCUACCUGUUUGAGCCUCUUUAUCAUGUUCAGACCACACUGAUUCCACGUCUGUCACACAGUCGCAAUGCUGCAGAUCGGCGUGUAAUGCUGGGCGCUAGUCGAGACCUCCUGCGUAGCCUGUACGGUUGUGACCUGUAUUUCCUGGAGAGCUAUAUCAAACCGACGCCCACAAACCACACCACAGAUAAACUGUUCCGUCGUGGUGCCAGCCGAGCAUUGUGUCAGCAACCUGUAUGUGAUGCCUUUGGCCCUGCUGAUGUUAAUGUGGAGGAAGGGGACUGUGUAAAGAAAUGUGCAACUCUAAACAUGACCCUAGCAACAGAGGCAUGCCGUGAAAAGCGGCACGUGGCAAUCAAAAUUGUUCGGGUGCCAGAGAUUGGAGAUCUACGUGCUUUGGUGGAAGACCCUCGUCUGAAUAUCAAAGUGAUUCAACUCGUCAGAGAUCCACGUGGUAUCCUGUCAUCACGGAUUGAGACAUUCAGGGAUACGUAUCGUCUGUGGCGUAUUUGGAGGGCCACGGGGCGAAGACCAUAUAAUCUAGACUUGAGUCAGCUUACAGUUGUCUGUGAGGACUUUCUCAGUUCUGUUUCAACUGGUCUCAACCAUCCCUACUGGCUUAAAGGAAAAUACAUGUUGGUUCGCUAUGAGGAUUUGGCUAGGAAUCCGCUUCUCAAAACAAAGGAGAUCUAUGACUAUCUGGGGCUGCCUUUGGAUAAAAAUGUGGAAGACUGGAUACAUGCAAACACUCGAGGCAGCAAUGAGCCCUCAGCAAAACACAAGUUUGGUACAGUGAGGGAUUCAGCAGCUAAUGCAGAGAGCUGGCGUUUGAAACUGUCUUAUGACAUGGUAGAAUACACGCAGACUGUGUGUCAAAAAGUACUUCACCAGCUGGGAUACAAGGCUGUGAAAUCAGUAGAGGAACUAAAAAAUAUGUCCCUCUCACUGGUACAGGACAAAACUUUUGUACCUUUUUUGUAACAAAGAUAGUUCUCUAAUGACUAUUUUUGAUAUAUUUAUAAUUGUUGCCUUAUAAGUUCCUUAGUUUGUCUGUUUUUUCUGUUUGUUUCUUCAAAUUUGCACUAAACUUUUGAAUGCACCAAGGGAACUAUUAAUGGUUCCCCAAUAUUACAGAACAGCACACUUUAAACACAAAGU